CGUGCACGUCAGACAGCCUCUGCCUGACAUCGAGUUGGCAUUCAUAGGAAUUUUCAAUCGAUAUUCCACUUGAUAGUUGGAUCUGAUUGAUAAUAAACUAUGUCUCUGUAUGUUGAGACCCGAGAACGGAAUAUGAACAGGGGACCAACACCUGUCUGGCGCAAGACUAGCCGUCUGAAGGUUAAGACUGGCUGUACAACAUGCAAACUGCGACGGGUCAAAUGUGAUGAAAAUAGACCUUUCUGCAAGAAAUGCAGCGGCUUUGGGCGUAAAUGUGGUGGAUACGACUCGUCCGUCCAUCGGUCCGAGCCACCUGACAACAGUCUGCAACCACACUCCACAGUUCCAAAGUGUCAAGCCAAGCCCUUACCAGCUAUUAUACCGCAGCCGAUUGAUAGUCUGCAUUUUGGUAGCGAGCGGGAGGCCCGUUACUUCCGGGUUUUCCGAGACCAAGCAGCUCAUGAACUUGCAGGGGCGUUCCAACUCUACCUUUGGAAUCGGCUAGUGCUGCAAGUAUCUCAAGACGAACCGUUCGUUAAGCAUGCCAUUAUUGCUCUUGGUGCAUUGAACUUGGCUCACAAGUCUCGGCCGAUUAAAGCUUCUUUCUGUUUGCGGACAGAUCCCCGCGACCCUGACGACCACUACAGAUUCGCACUCGAGCAGUAUGAUAGAGCGGUGAGAUACAUGAGAACUUCCAUCUCUGAUCUCGAUCGCGAUCUAUGGAGGGCACUCCUGUCUUGUCUUUUCAUAUACUGUUUUGAGUGUUUUCAAGGACGGAGAGACUUGGCAAUAUCCAAUGCUAAAAGCGGGCAGUUGUUGGUGCAGGAGCAGAUCAUGUUGCAAGCUCGGCGGAAGAUGAAAGGAAAUCACCAGAAAACUCAUUUUAUUGAGGGCACUAUCAUACAGGCGUUCGGUCGGCUAGAUCUUCUCAUUCUUACCGCAGCGGAUACGAGAAGUACAGCAGAACAUCGCGGCUUCGAGCCAGAAGGGUGUAUAUUUUUAACCCGAAUGCCAUCCAAGUUCGGCUCAAUAUAUGAAGCUAAGAAUCACUUCGAACUUCUUAUGCGAAAGAUCGGUCACUUCAUGGGGUCAGCCCUCGAAACUAUCGAUACUCGUCCUUCGGGGGCAUCGGUCCAUGAAUCCGAGAAGGCAGCACAAGUCCCGCCUGGUACUAGCAUAUACUCUUACCAAGGUGCAGUGUUACGCGCAGAGUAUUUGUCUGCACAUGCCAAACUAUCGGCAGAUCUCCACGCUUGGUUCGUAGCUUUUGCAACCGUUGUCCACAAGCUCGCUGGUAUCAAAGAGGAAGACACUUCAUGGCAGGCAAUGGCACGUCUCUACAUACACUCUCAUGCCCACAAAAUCAUGCUUGCCAGCAUGGUAUCAACAUCCCAAAUGUACUACGAUGACUUCAUCCCGGACUUCAAAACCAUAGUCUUCCACGCCUCACCGAUUUUUCAUCGGUCGUCCAAGAUGAUUCAGCCAAACUUCACCUUUGACAUCUCGCUGAAGCCCCCAGUGGCCUUUGUUGCUUUUUGUUGUCGAGACUGGACAGUGCGGAGACAAGCAUUGGCAUUGCUGAAGCUACCAAGUACUCAACAAGAUGUUUUCUGGAAUAAGGAUAUGCUGGCGGCACAAGCGCAAAUGAUUAUGGAGAUGGAGGAGGAGGGAUUAAGGUUCAGAGAAAUGAUACCCGAGAAGAAGCGGGCGAGGACUCUGAAUGUUGAUGUGGACGAGGUAAAGAGGUCUGCAAACGUAGGAGUCGUUCAGGGAAGGGGCGAAGAGCAAGUGGUCUGCCAAAAAGUGAUCAAGUGGUGAUUUUUCUCUACCCAAUUUUACAGUAUAGCAUCACGGUCCUCACAACCCACCAAACU